AAUAGAAAAGAAGCAAAUUGUUGUAAAGACCAAAAAGAAAAAAAGAAAAAAAAAAGGAAUAAAAGUCAAUGGGCUUAGCCCAAAAGAGGAGUCUGACGUGAAAAACAAAACAGGGGUAAAUGACCUGAAGUGUAAUUCCCUCAAUUUCAAAGAUACAGAAGGUGCGCAGCAAAACCCAAAAAAAAAAAAAAAGGUUUGGCAAAGAAAAAUCAAUGAUUCACUUCCCAAGCUUCUUCAAAGUUUGUUAAAUAGUUCUGGCAUCUACUUGGAAUUGAACUACCAUGAUCAAAAUUCAAGGUAACAAUAUAUUUUAUUUUUUUCCAUGAUUAUCAUUCUAAAUGAUGGAUGAUUGGGGUUGGAUUAACGGAUGUUGGUAGAACUAGAGCAUAGUCGGACUUCCAGUAAUUUCCUUAAAUUGGGUAAACAAAGAAAACAGAGAAUGUUUGAGCUAUAGGAUCACUUCGGGUUUGGGUGUUCUAAACUAGUUAUGACUUACCUAAAUAGAAGGAUUUAACACGAGAUUGAUAUGAUGUGAUUAUAGAUUGAUCGAAGGAAGUCAUACGGGUUGCUCGAGGUGACGAGUUUGGUACUUCGACACGAGUACUAGGCCGCAGGUGACGUUGGUGAGGAUUACGGUAAUUAGAGAGCCCGAGUUGAAAGUUCCUGGUGAGCCCCGCACUUGUCCGCGUGGGCGAAGAGUCUAUUAUUUAUUAUAGUCUUUCUUUUGAACUCUUAGAGUUGCUCCACAGUCAUUUGAUUUAUUCCAUGAGUAUUCUUUAUUCAUUAUAGACUGGUGACUAGUAUUAGACAUUUUCCCAUAUUUCAGAGAUGUUUUAGUAUAAUUAUGUUGAAAACGGGUUGAUUGCAUUUAGUUUGGUUGAGAUUGGAUGUUUUUGCCAUUGAUUUUGAGACAGGAAAAUUUUGGAUAGUCAUAAAAACAGGGGAAACUCUGUCCGAUUUUCUGUAAAUUCUCGUUAAGGCUUGCUUUGGGAAUCCUACCCCAUAGCGCCGGUCAUGGUCCUAAAUUGGGUCGUGACAAAGUUGGUAUCAGAGCCUAGGUUAUUUCGGUGUGACUGAUGGAGCACACGUUAGUAGUAGAAUCUCAAUUAUGGUUAUGUUGCCGGCCAUUCCCAUAAUCGUGAUUCUGCGAGAGCGUGAUAGGAUGUGUCUUGUCUUUCUUUCUUAUUCCUCCUUACGUGUGUGACGUUUAGGGUCAACUAGAUGAAUCUAACAUUAUUUAUUUUGGUAAUCAGAUGGCUAACACUCGAUCAUCUUCUGGCGGAGCUAGGACAGUUGUUCCACAGGCACCUAAUGCCACCUCGGGUAGGCAGCCAGCCUCCACCGCUGGGGGAAGAGGCGGAGCUCACAGACGGGGCCGAGGUAGGGGCCGCGGUACCACCACGAGGACCCGCAGUACCACCACGAGGACUACGAGGGAGCCCACUCCUGAAAUGAGUGCUAGCCCACCUCCACCAUCGCAUGAGGGUGUCACUGCUGAGGCGCUUAUAUCUAUGCAGAGAGUUAUAGAGGGUUUGGCAGACAGAAUGGAUAGACAAGAGAGGAUUCAGCAGCAGAAUACUACACCUGCACAGACUCAGACUUUUGGGAACAACGAGGUAUCCUUGCAAGAUUUCCUGAAGUUGAAAUCACCAAAAUUCACAGGUUCUGAGAAUUCAACAGAUCCUCAAGGGUUCUUGGAUGGCUCACUUAAGGCACUACGCGCUCUCGGAUGUUCCAGUGAGAGAGCCGUGGAGCUUGCAGCAUACAAACUAGAGGACAUGGCCUAUACCUGGUAUGAAACUUUGUUGCUAGGGAGACCUGCAGGAGCAGCACCACUGACAUGGGACGAGUUCACUAAGUUGUUCAUGGAUAAUUUUCUUCCUGACAGUCUGAGACAGAAAUAUGCUAACGAGUUUGAGAGACUGGUUCAGACUCCAGAUAUGGAUGUAUCGACGUAUAAUACCAAGUUUUGUAAGCUGGCUAGAUAUGCUCCUUACUUGGUGCCUGAUGAAGCAGCCCGAGUGCGGAGGUUUGUUGAUAGGUUAGUUGGUCGUCUCUACAAUGCAGUAGUCCCACAGAUAAAGACGUUGACCUACUCAGAGGCAGUUGAUCUUGCUAGAAAGAUUGAAAACAAGGGACGCGAGGAACGUGCAGCCAACGAUUUACGUAAGAAGGCCAGGACAGGGGGAUCUUUCAGUGGCGGCUUUAGUGAAAAUCGCAGAGCAGGGAAUCAGGGACAGCAGCAACAGGGUUCUCAGACAGAUUCAGUUUCACAGUCUGCAUAUAGACCACAUCAUAGACAGGGUACCAAGGGGCCAUCAUCAUCAUCUUCUGGAUAUCGUAGUUCUGGACAGAUGUAUGCCACUACUCCAUCCUGCCAGACCUGCGGCAGACCACAUUUGGGCCAGUGUCGUGUUUUGACUGGAGGGUGUUAUCGGUGCGGCCAGUUGGGACACCACAUGAGGGACUGCCCUCAACCUCCGAGGAAUUCCGGCCAGGCUUCUGUUCAGUUAGCUGCACCUACUCAGGCUACUCGUAAUAAUUCAGGUACUGCUGGUACAGGAAACAAAGGUCGAGGUGUUGGAGAUCGUGCUACUGGGAAUCAUGGACAGGGUAAUGCUGGUAGAGGACAGGCGAGAGUUUUUGCACUUACUAGACAGGAUGUUCAGGCCUCGAAUGCAGUGGUUACAGGUAUUCUUUCGGUUUGUUCAUUUGAUGCACUUGCACUGAUUGAUCCGGGAUCUACCCAUUCCUAUGUGUCCCCGUACUUUUCUUUAAGGUUUGAUAGACAUCCAGACAUGUUAAAUGAUCCUUUUCUUGUUUCUACUCCUGUGGGAGCUUCUCUAUUAGUUGAAUAUGUGUAUCGUGCUUGUCAAAUUCGAGUUGAGGGUAGGGAUACUCUAGCUGACCUGAUUGUACUUGAUAUGGUUGAAUUUGAUGUGUUGAUGGGCAUGGAUUGGUUAUCUCCUUGUUAUGCUACUGUUGAUUGCAACGCCAAAAUAGUUAAGUUUAAGAUACCCAAUGAGCCACCUUUGUAUUAA